AUGAUAAUUUUUAACAGCCUUGGCAUUUAUUUAAUUUGCAUUUUCGCCAUCGAUUCACCGGUUUGUAACUGCACUUACCCUCAAAAUCAGAAAGCGUAUCAUCAACAAGGUUACAUACAAGGAUCUCAUGUAAGAGGCAAUAGAGCACAGUACAAUGCAAACGCUGCUGUAAACUAUCAGAGACAAGUCAGUCAACCCGUAUCAUAUCAGCAACAGUAUUACCAACAAGAUAUGGUUCAACAGCAAUAUGAUACCAACGGCCAAGUUCUAGGCUCAGAUUUGUUAAUUCCAAAAUACUAUGCUUACGUAAACCAGGAGUUGGGCCAGGGCCACUGGGACUACGAGAAUAUAUCACUCAAGUGGAGCAUUCCCGACCCCUACGAAAUUAUUAAAAAGAUCGGUAGAGGAAAGUUCAGCGAGGUCUUUAAAGGCAUAGAUACCAGAGAUAACAAGGACUGCGUGAUAAAAAUCCUCAAGCCCGUGAAGAAGAAGAAGAUCAAGAGGGAGAUUAAGAUUCUGCAGAUUCUCAAGGGAGGCCCGAACAUUAUUGCUCUUCUAGAUAUUGUUAAGGACCCCCAGAGUCGCAUCCCCUCGCUCGUCUUCGAGCUUGUGAAGAACAAGGAUUAUAAAGUUUUAUACCCAGAGUUCACCGUUUACGACAUUAAGUACUAUAUUUUCCAGCUCCUCCGCGCGAUCAACUACUGUCACAGCAGGGGCAUUAUGCACAGGGACGUGAAGCCGCACAACGUGAUGAUAGACCACGACGCCAGGUCCCUGAAGCUGAUUGACUGGGGUUUGGCUGAGUUUUAUCACCCGGGUCAGGAGUACAGUGUCAGGGUGGCCACGCGGUACUACAAGAGCCCCGAGCUGCUCGUGGACAACAAGUACUACGACUACAGCCUCGACAUCUGGAGCAUCGGGUGUAUGUUGGCAGGAUUGAUUUUUAAAAGGGAACCCUUCUUCUACGGUCACGACAACUACGAUCAGCUCGUUAAAAUCGCAAAAGUAUUGGGGACCGACGAUCUUUUCGCUUACUCCCAAAAGUUUGGCAUUGAGAUUCCUGCUGCAUACAAUGAGAUUCUCGGCGUCCACCCUCGGAAGUCCUGGAAGAGUUUCAUAACUCAGGAAAAUCAGCAUCUUGUCUCUGACCAGGCAUUGGAUUUGUUGGACAAAAUGUUUCUGUAUGACCAUAUCGAGAGAAUCACAGCCUUCGAUGCUAUGAAACACCCCUAUUUCGAUGACGUUAGGCCUAAGAGAGUAAGAUAA